CCCCUAGGGGAAAAGAAGAGAGAGAAAUUUCAGUCCCAAGGGAGGGCGGGGAGACUAGGACGGGGCCAAAAGGCUCCACCGAGAGUGCCUUAAUAAUCCCAAGGGAACCUCCCACAAGGCGGAAACCCGGGCGAACUGCUGCGGAGGAAAACAAACGAAAGGCAGGUCGGGAGGAAAUCAGACCCCGGCGCUGGAUGAGUUAUACCCAGCCCGGGUCAGGAUCGGGAGGCAGAAAAGGUGCUUUAAACACGUCAGGAGCAGGAGGAAGACGGGGAAAGCGGAGGCCCGCCGCGUAGUGGAGAAGGGGAGCUGGGAACGCAUGGCAUCGAGAGGGCUGCAGUGUUUACGGCCCGCCUGCGCGUGGGGAGUAAACUGCCUAGGAACGGUGCACAGGGCGAGACAGGGAGACAUGGCCCAGGGCACUAUCUGAGCUUUGGUUGGGUCAGAGUACCCCCCCCCCCCGAAAACUCCUGUUCGAGCCCCGCCCAGGAACCCCACUUUGCAGAAGGUUUUACGCAGGAACGACGGGGUAAACGGGACAAUCUCUACCACAGUCCCCACUGUAAAGGGAGCAAGUGGGGCUGGCAAAGAUUCAGAGAAAGGCAGCACACGUGAUCCAGGGUACAGAAUGGUUCCCGUACGAGGAGAGACCAAAUAGACAGGGGCCGUUCAGCUUGGACAAGAGACGCCUAAGGGGGGGAUACGAUCCAGGUCUAUAAAACCAGGACUGGUGCCGAGAAAGCGAAGAGGGAAGUGUUAUUUACCCCUUCACACAACACAAGAACCAGGGGUCGCUUGAUGAAAUUAACAGUCUGCAGGCUUUAUACCAACAAGAAGCACUUUGUCACACAACUAACCUGCGGAACUCCUUGCUGGGGGAUGCUGUGAAGGCCAAAAGUAUAACCGGGUUCAAACAAGAACCGGGGAAGUUCCUGGAGGCGAGGUCCACCAAUGGCUACUAGCCGAGGUGGUCUGGGACGGAGCCCCAUGCUCUGGGCAUCCUUAGACCUCUCUCUGCCAGCUGUGGCAGUCGGGGCAGAUCUCUCCAGAACUCCCCUUCGGCCUGACCCAGCAGGGCAGCAAUAACCACGUCUUGGAGUGAGCCGUUCCCGCUGCUAACGCCAGGCCCGCGGGUCAAACUGUACACGCACUCCACUGUCCUGCCGCUCUCGGCUGGCACACAGGUGUUCUCCCCUGCGGCGAGCCGUCCGAAACAGCCAGCAUCCGCUCAGCGCCGGGGAUGGCAGAGAGGCAGAAAAGCUCCAGGGCUUCUGACCCGAUCCUGGCAAACUGCAGUCACGGCUCGGGGUGACGCUGAAACCAGCCGCCAUCCGGGCCGUACCCGGGUGGUUCCCUGGAGGACCCCAACAUCCCCAGAGCAUCCACAGUGAAUGCGUUCCCAAGAGCCUGAGGAGAACAGAGCUACCCCUUCUCUGCCAGGCUGCAGGGCACAGCAAGGGAAGGAACGCCGGCCGAACCGGGGAAGGAAGAGCCUAAAGACCCCGUGGAUACGUUGGACGUAACCGAGUCGGCAGGGCCUGAAUUCAGCCUUGGCUACUGUGGGAACCAGCUGAAGUCAUCUCAGACCCAUUAGCGACGAUUUUGGAGAACUCCUGGAAAGACGGGGGAGGCCCAGCGGCCUGGAGAAGGGGAAAUGUGGCACUGGUCUAGACAAAGGGGAACAUGGAGGACGCAGGGAAUGACAAGCCAGCGUGGCUCCCCGGACCAGCUGCCCGAUUUGCAGCUGCUUCCUGGGGGUGGGGCUGAGGAGGGGGGCCCCUCGCCCUCCCGGCCCUGCCAGCCCCGGCGCCACAUCGUCUUCCUAAAGACGCACAAGACGGGCAGCAGCACCAUCGUGAACCUGCUGCACCGGUUCGGGGAGACGCGGGGCCUGCGUUUCGCCCUGCCCCCCCGCUACCAGUUCGGGUACCCCUACCCCUUCCAGGCCCGGCGGGUGAAGGGCUACCGGCCGGGGGGGCCCAGCUUCGACAUCCUCUGUCACCACAUGCGCUUCGACCUGACCGAGGUGCAGAAAGUCAUGCCCCCCGACAGCUUCUACUUCUCCAUCGUGCGGGACCCGGGGUCGCUGGCCGAAUCCGCCUUCUCCUACUACCGGGGGGUGGCGCCGGCCUUCCGCCGGGCAGGCUCGCUGGCCCAGUUCCUGGAGGCGCCCGGGCGCUUCUAUGACCCGGCCGAGCGGGGCAACCACUACGCCCGCAACCUGCUGUGGUUCGACUUCGGGCUGGCGCCGCCGGCCUCGCCGGGCCCCGAGGCCGUGCUGGCAGCGCUGGCCCAGCUGGACCGGACCUUCCCGCUGGUGCUGCUGACGGAGCAUUUCGACGAGUCGCUGGUGCUGCUGCGGGAGGCGCUGUGCUGGGGGGAGGAGGACGUGGACGUCUUCCGGCACAACGAGCGCAGCCCCCGGGCCGUGCGGCCUCUGGCCUCCGCCCAGGCCACCCAGCUGCGGGCCUGGAACGCCCUGGACUGGAAGCUCUACGCCCACUUCAACCGCAGCUUCUGGCGCCACGUGGAGGCCUUCGGGCCGGCCCGGCUGCGGGCCGAGGUGGCCAGGCUGCGGGAGCGGCGCCAGGAGCUGGCCAGGCGCUGCCUGCAGGGCGGGGGCCCCGUGGAGGCGGCCGGCAUCCCCGACAAGCGGAUCCGCCCCUUCCAGUUCGGCCAGGCGCAGAUCCUGGGCUACGCGCUGCGGCCGGGGCUGGGGCCUGUCGACCAGCAGCUCUGCACCCGCCUGGUCACCCCCGAGCUGCAGUACAAGGACAGGCUGGACGCCCGCCAGUUCGGGGCCAACGGCUCGGCGGGCGCGCCUGGAGGGGCGGGCAGGUAGCUGGGGGCCGCCUCUCCCCACCCCCUGCACCUGGUACGGACCCCCUGCCCCAGAAGGAUGGGGGGCACGCAGUACAUACCCUCAUGGGGACCCCACAGAUCCGGCCCCCCGGCACAGACACGGGGAGAUAUGGGGCACAGCCCCCUGGCACAGACAGACGGGGGUUCAAUGGGGCACAAAACCCCCUGGGAUCCCCCAAUAUCCUGGCUCCUGGUAUGGACAGACGGAGCUGGGACAAUGGGUACAGCGCCCGGGGGGCUGAGAGCCGUCGAACCAAACUGUAAACCCUGCACACUUCAAGCUGGGGGGCUGCCACAGCCCCCCCCCUGCUCCAGCUCCGAUGUCUCCGGGCUCCACCUGGACAAUAUUUAUUGGUCUGUUAUCACAGGCCUGUAACUGGGCAGCGGAAGAGCGUCCUGU